CCUCGCAGCCGCGAUGACAACAAGCACACGGUGUUGCUCAGCAGAGAUUGUGCGCAGCGAGGGUGCGGGACCUCCUUAGGCAAAUGUUACCUGGCGCGCGUUGGGCAAACAGAGUCCGCGCAUAAAACCCAGAGCCUGGACGGGCUCUCAUCCCCGACGCGGUCUUCGGUGGAGCAGAGAGGAAGGUCACGGUCGCCAUGGAGCCCAGGGUGGUCUGCGUCCUGGUGCUGGUGUGCACGCUGGCCCUCAGCUCCCUGGCCCAGGCCCAGCUGGAGACGUGUGAUGUGCAACCCCACAAGAGGGCAAACUGCGGCGUCCCGGGCAUCACGCCUUCCCAGUGCAGGGACAAGGGCUGCUGCUUCGACAACACCGUGCGCGGGGUCCCCUGGUGCUUCCGGCCCGAGCCCGUGCUCAGCCCUCCCGAAGAGGAGUGUUCCUUGUAGACACGCGGCGGCCCAGCCUCGCCAGGAGCAGCCAUGGCCUCCCCGGGGACCGCAGGCCCUCGGGGCCCCCGCACCUGCACCUCGGCUCGCUGCGUGGACGGACCCCACACACCCCCCUACUCAAAAUUGGCUUAAAGAUUAAAAGAGAUGGAUGUCA